GGUCACUUCGACGGCGGCACUUCCGGUCGGCAUUUUGUUCUGCGAGAGGAGUCUCACCGCAACAAUCGUCAUAUUUUUUUCCACAUACAGGCGAAAUUGGCCACAGUUUUAUCCAUGUCGGUUUAGACCGACAGAAACUCCACCGAACGAAUGUUUCCCAAUAUACUUCCGUUCAAACAUUUACCCGCGUAUGACGGAAGAAAGAAUCUGCCCAACCCAGAUUAUUGUUGACUGCUAGUUUAGCUGGACAGCUAACGUUAGCUGGCAAGUCAAGAACGGAGUUCUGUUGGAGGAGCAGCGAGAGAGAAGAAAGGGGGAGCUAGAGAGACACAGACCAGGACAACCUAGCGUAGCUAAAAUCACAAGGUAAAUGUAGAUGUUGUAAACUAUGAACAAUGUUUGAUGUUUAAAAAACCAAUUCUCAAACAAAAGUCGCGUUGUUUGUUCACGGAGUUCGCUAGCUAGCUAGCUAACUGACGUAGCCAGUUAACGUUAGCUAGCGUCUCUUGUCAUGUUUAUCAUUACAGCUUCCUAGCAUGCUACUGUACGUUUUGCUCGCUGGGUAGGUAGGCCUCGAGCCCGAGUACUAGGUAGUUAACUAGCUAGCUAUCGUUAUACCCGAAUGAUCAAAUCGCUUGUCUGGUAAGAUAGUGAACUAUGUCGAGAUACUAGGCCAGCGCAACGGCCAAAUGGUUAACAAACUAGCUAGUUAGCUAGUAAGGACUUUACUGAUGUUAUGUUUAGCUAACUAGCUAAAUACGUUAGCUAAAGUUAGCGUAGUUGAUAAACGUAGCGAAUAACUAACUGCUAACCAAAAUAGCACCGACUAUCGUUUGCUAAAUAGCUAGCAAACGUUAAUCCGACCUGCCUCAAGUAAGGAUAAAUAGCUAACUAGUUAGCUAGGCUAACGUAAUCUAACCCGAUUAUUUAAUUGAUUAGCUAGCUAGAUAGUUGACUAACGAUAGAUCAACAACAUUGAGUUGGAUAAUAUUUUGGGGGUUGGUUAGCGUUAGAACAGAUAACGUUAACUUAGCUAGUUAGCUAACGUAAAAUAUGUUAAAUACUGAGGAUGAUUUUAUUUAGCCACUCAGACAUGUUUUCAAUGCGUAACGUUAGCUAACGUUACUCCUUUAUAAAGUUCACCUUUGAAAUGUGUGCAAUUAGCUAGCUACUAGUAAGUUAGUUUGAUAGCCAAUGUUUGGUGAACAUCAGCCAACGCGGUACUGUUAGCUAGUUAUCUAUCAUUCAUAAACAUGACAUAUUGAGCGAAAAUAUGUCCAUUGAUUUUGUUAUAGUUUUCAUGCAUAACUAAAAAUCCCCUUAAGUUUUUCAAGCACUAUUGCGUGUUCACGUAAUAUUGAUGAUGACACCUCUUCCCCCCACCCCCCCCAUCACCACUGUGCAUCUGUUCCUUUGUGCUCUGGUCUGUCAGUCUCCCAGCUGUCAGUAAUAUGGCAGGUUACUGAUGACUGUCACACUGUGUGUGUAGGGAAGCUAGGAGCAAAUAGUGUUUAUUUUUAGUGUGAUUUCAAUAUUACGCUAUCAAAAAUAUUUGUUUCAGUCAAAUCAUGUCAGUAUCUUCUUAGGCUUUACCAAACAUUAUUUUCUUAGAAUAAAUGUUUCGAGUUUGAAAACAAGCUUUCUAAAUCCAAAAUCCCUCAAGAAACAGUGUUGGACCAAAUAAAUAAUAUAUUAAAUUAAGUCAAGGAGGAGCCCAGAGAUAUUCCCUACUGUUAUUGUGGAUGAAUCAUGACAGAUAGUUUGGUAGUGCAGCACAAUCCUGGACUCCAGUAGAUGUGACUUCAGUUCUAGAUCUACUUUUCGAAGUAAGAAAAAGCUUAAUAGAUUUAGCAUAGUCUGUUUGUAAAUAGACAAAUCAGUGAUGUGUUGCAUUUGUUUUGGUCUGAUGGGUUUCUCAGCUCUGGACUGUGAAUGCUUUGAUGAGUGGGUGGCAUUAUGACUCAACACCUGAGCUAACAUUGGGCCAUUCAUUGAGCUGUUCUGUUGAUAAUGAGAAGGCCAUGUGUUGUUGUGAUUAGAAUGUAGCCUAUGACUGCAGUUUAUUAGCAAACACAGCCAAAAUUCCCACCAACACCACACUUAAAGAUAUAGAUACAUUUUACCACUAUUAGUUUUAACAUGAACUGCAACAUAAUGCCAAGUAGGAGUUUUGGAACUAGUUUUACAUUUAAAUCACUAUAAUUUUUAAGCUGCAUUUUUCAAUACAUUUUUCUAUAAAAUGUUAUUCCUAUUUUUUCCCCACAGACUUGAGGACUUCUUCCUGAAAUGUCCUUGGUUUCAAUCCAGACAGAACAGUGCCCUACAGAAAGGUAUUUCAAAUGGACUGCAUUGAUACGGGUUGGGAGUCAUACGUGUGGUCUAUUUCUCGUUUUGGGUUUAGGAUUAUGUUUUUCAGCCUCUCCUGUGUUUUGAAGUAGCCUACAGUGAAUCCCUCUUGUCUUUUUCUCUACCAGGACAAAGGAGAUGUGAGUACUGGUCUGGCGGCUGCGACGCUGAGCAACCUGUGUAUCGCCACACUGCCCCGCCCCCACCUUCAGCAUGAAUGGGGAUAUGCCUCAUGUUCCCAUCACCACUCUCGCUGGGAUUGCUAGCCUUACAGACUGUAAGUCCUCCUGCUCUAUUUCACUUCCACAUAGAAUGUACCACAAUAUUAGUCAUUUCCAGCUGAAACGGCAUGUGGUGAACGGUCUUCUUUCUCUGUUGCAGUGUUGAAUCAGCUGCCCCUGCCGUCUCCUCUCCCAGCCACCACCACCAAAAGCCUGCUGUACAAUGGGAGGAUCGCAGAGGAGGUCAACUGCCUGCUGGCCUGCCGGGACGAGAACCUGGUCUCCCAGCUGGCCCACGGUCUUAACCAGGUUUCCACAGAGCACAUGUGAGUAUUCAACUCUGAGUCAUUAAUUGUUGAACGAUGCACAUAUUUUGUCUGUUUUUCUGUGAGCACACGUUUGACAUGACCCUCUGCCUUGCCCCCACAGAGAGCUGAAGGACAACCUGGGCAGUGAUGAGCCAGAGGGCGACGUGCCGGCGCUGCUGCAGACAGUACUGUCCAGGAACCCUGGGAUCUUCAGGGAGAAAAGUACGCACACACUUUGAAGGGCACUUUGUUUUGGAAACAAAGCUUACUCGAAACAAACUGAAGACAGCCAGCUGAUAUGGAUUGAGUGAGCAAGGAAAGAAGACAAACCUUGCCCUCAAUCUUAAUGUGAAAGGCUAAUUGGGUGCUUGCUUCAGCUGUGCCAUUUACUGUUAGGGGAAAGCUGUCUUUUUCGUAUCUUUAUUUUCUUCAACAAAUCAAUUUCCUCUUUCUAAAUCGUUAUGGACGCUGUCGAUAGACUAAUGGAUUAAAGCUGCAAUAUGUCACUUUUUUGGGCGACCUGACCAAAUUCACAGAAAUGUGAGUUAUAGAUCUUCAUUAUCAUUGAAAGCAAGUAUUUCUAUGCGUCGCGUUCUUAAAUGUCAGUUUUCUGGCUUUUACUUUCAGUUUUGUACACCAGCUUGAAACAGCUGAAAAUACAAUGUUUUGGGUUAUGGAAAAUAUAUUUCACAGCAGUUUAGAUGAUACAGUGAUUCUCUACAGUAUACUUGAUUGUUUCGUCACAUUAACUGAAAUUAGGCAAACUAUUUGAAUUUUAGGAACCAGGAAAUGGCGGAAUGAUUUCUGCAUAGUGCACCUUUCAUUUACUAUUCAAACUCACCCUUAGUAGCUGCUGGUUGUCGACGCUGGAUGUACCAAUCUGUAAGAGGAACUGGGUGUAGAAAUGUUGCCUUUAGUAUAGCUCAUCAAGACCUUUUCUUCAGGGGCAAUUUGCGUUUUAUACCCAAAACCCUACACACUGACUGGACCAUUGAGCUCUUAGUUCACGUUACUUGGAUACUUAGAAUUCAAUCGUAUUGUCUCAAAUUAACUGGUGUCUUAACUAUUUAUUUGGGUUUAUUUGUUGUCCUUUUUGUUUGCAGAUAUCUUGCAGCAGCCGAUGAUGCAACAAUACAAACCAAUACAGAAUUCCAUGCGUGGCAGUCCAGCCCAGUCAGCAAACUUUCAGCAGGCUUCAAUGUCUCCCAAUCCAUCCAGGUGAGUGAUGUCUCUACAUUGGCGAUUGUUAUCUUGGAUCCUAUUCCAAUGGUUUUCCCCCCCAACAUGCCACAGACCUCUGAUAUAUCCUAGCAAAUGACAUUCAAUAGAAUCUGAUGUUCGGGCAUGUUUUAGGUUGUCUUCGGAUAACUAGCGAAUAUCUGGUCAUAAAAUACACUGGCACACCAUCUGAACCUGAUCUCCUGUCUCCUGUCUCCUGAUCUCCUGGUCUCCUGUCUCCUGGUCUCCUGUCUCCCAUGGCAGCCGGGGAUUUGUCUCCCCACAAUCGAGCUCAGGGAGUCGGUUCAUCCCCCAGCAGAACAGCCCUGUGCCCAGCCCGUACACUCCCCAGAGCCCAGCCGGGUUCAUGCAGUACCCCCAACCGCCCAGCUACAAUCAGCACCAACAGAUACAGCAAGGUAAGCCUCCUGUGUGUGUUUGGGGGGAUUAAACACCAUUGUUCAGACAGUUGAUUGUAUGCUGUUAGUAAAUGUGACUGUAAGCCACAAUAAAUGCACCGAUAAUUGAUACACGAACAAAGAAGACUCAAAAAUAGUUCAUUUGAAUGUAAUUCCGUCAUAACAACACAGUUGAGUGAUUGAACUGUCACUUGUGUACUGUAGUGUCUGUAGCCAGCCCCAUGGUCCCCGGGGGCAUGAGGAACAUCCAUGAGAGCAAGGGACAGAUGACCAACGCUGCCCACCACCACCCAGACAGACAGGAGGACUACAUGAGUAUAGUCCACAGACUGGGGAACGAGGUACCGCCUGCACUAGAUCCUGAAUGAAUACUAAUGGGGGCAUAAUUUUACCCCACAUUUCUGACUAAAUGUUAGAGGGCACUUUUAUAGUCCACAAAAAAAAAAGAACUUCAUACAGAUUUCCUCAUGAAGUCAUGCCCUGUCACUCACUCUGUCGUCUUCAUCUGCAGGAGAGUGACCCCUCCAUGAGAAACGCCUCGUUCCCUCUGAGGUCGCCUCAGCCUGGGUGCUCGCCCGCGGGAAGCGAAGGAACCCCCAAAGGUACGCAGGGACAGGCUCCAACUCCUUCCUUGGCAGCCCAACUCCCUUUCAUGCUAUUUACCACACCUCCAGAUUCUCAGUUGCGAUGCCUGAUGCCUUUUCUUGUUUCUUACAGCCGUGCACCCUUCAUUUCAAAUUUAAUUGCAUAAAUGUGAGCAGGACAUUAUUUUCUUGUCUUGUUUGCCAUAGCGUGUUUUUUCACCUGGGCUCACUUUGUCUUUUCAGCUGGCUCGAGGCCGCCACUCAUCCAUCAGUCUCCUCUGCCGUACGCGUCUCCCCGGGAAGGCCCUCCAGACCUGCUGCUGGAGUCUCCCGACCAGAGGAAGAAACAGCAGAAGAAGAAGCUGGGGGGCAAAGAGGACAAAGAUGCGUACGACAUCGUCACCUCGCCCUCCAAGGACACCACCAAGCUGACGCUGAAGCUGUCACGGGUGAAGUUGGAGGAGGAGGACCCCUCGGGUGAGCUGCUGCCAGUCAUGAUGGACCAGAAUUCUGACCUAGAGGGCGAGCUUGCCUACCAGCAGGUCCCUGUGCUGCAGAACAUGGGGGCCACUAAGGGGCAGGAGGGCCCCCUCUCAUCGCCUUUUGAUGAGGCGGAGCUGGACGCCCUGGCGGAGAUUGAGAGGAUAGAGCGCGAGUCAGCCAGUGAGAGGGAGCGCUGCUCCAAAGAGGUGCAGGAUAAAGGUGUGUAUACUACCAGAAACCCCCCACCCUCUAAAGUACUUUUAUAGAGUAACAGUAGACCCUACAUCUAAUAGCUUUCAGAGAUCUCUAAGAGGAGCUAUCGCACCUUAAAAUGCAUGGGAGUGUAUUUGUCAGUUUAUUUGAGUAUAUUCAAAUGCAUUCCCAGUGUAUUUCCAAAAUACAUUCCAAUAUCAACUACUUGUCUUUUCAAAUAAAAUUAUUUAUUCUAGUUGACUUCGUCUCAUAGAUUUGCUUCAGUGCUAUUUAUCUAACGUUAUGCACAUUUCCUCCAUUUGUUUCUGACUGUUCUGUUUGUUUCAAGUAUUGUAUUUCUGGGGAUUUUGUAGUUUAAUGGAGUUGUGUACCUGUGAUUGUUCGUUUCCAGACAAGCCCCUGAAGAAGCGAAAGCAAGACUCGUUUCCACUGGAGCCCGGAGCAGGGGGCACCGCAGGCACCACCGGUGCGCCAGGCAGCGGAGGAGGGGGCAAUGCAGGCAAACUGACCCCCCAGGAGGCUACAGCGGCAGGAAACGGAGCUAGCAGACCAGCCCUCAUGGUCAGCAUCGACCUGCAACAGGCGGGCCGGGCCGACGGCCAGCUUGACCCUUGCAUGGCUGCUCCCAAUCCCGGCCCUGGAGGCCCAACGCUGGCCAGAGGAGCCUGCCGAGGGCCCUGCAGCCGAGGGAUCCGACACGGCCGGGGUGCUCCGGUUCAAAGCUGACGAUCGACCCGAGGUCAUCAAGAACAGCAUGGACAAACACGACAACCACCGUGAGCCGUCCAGGCACCGGCAUGACGGAAAGCAAGACCGGCGCCCUGACACACCUAAGUCCUCGAGCAGAGAGCACGAGCGGGACCGAGACAGAGACCGGGAGAGGCGGCAUAGGAAUGAAGACAGGCGCUCGCCAGAGGAGCGCUACCGGCCGGACAGCCCCAGGGUCAAACAGGAGGGCAGAGGAGGUGGCUUUGACCCCAGCGGGCGGCCGCGCAGCGACAGACCCGGCUUCAGGUCCCCCAGCGGAGGAGAGGCGGCCAGAAACCGCCCAGACGGACACAAACAGCAACAGCCUGAGAGCAAGUCAGAAGAGUUCCCUGCUUACCUGCUGGGGGGGCAAGGGUCUGGGGGUCUGAAGAACUUUGUGAUCCCCAAGAUGAAGCGGGACGGCGGGGCUGUGGACGUGGCAGAAGGCUGGGGCCAACCCCGGGUCAAGCUGGAGCGGCUGGGGGUUCGGGGGCUAGUGGAUCACAUAAGUAAGAGGCCCAAGCCUGUGGUGGUGCUGCAGAAGCUCUCCUUUGAUGAGGUGCAGAGGAUCAUCAGGGUCAAGGACCGGCACAGCUCCAAGUCUGGCAAGAACAGGCUCCUCUCAGGAAAGUCGGACAAAGGUAAGAUGGCUGCACUAGUGCACUCAUUCUCUCAAUGUGAUCACCAUGUUUGAAUAUUUUAAACUCUGAUACAGGUGAAUAAUAACCUGUAGUCAACACAUCUACUGGUUAAAGGAAUUCAGACUUAGCUUUGAGGUUAUUCAGGGAAUUACUUGCACGUCGACGAGCUAUGGCUUGUCCCCUGCCAGCCUCUUCUACAAUAAGACCCUAUGACACCGUCUCCCUGCAGGUGGACUAGACCAGUCGGUGCUGAACGAGCUGCCUCCUGAGCUGCUGGCGGAGAUGGAGUCCACCAUGCCGCUGUGCGAGAGGGUGAAGAUGAACAAGCGCAAGCGAAGCACGGUCAAAGAGAAGCCCAAGUACACCGAGGUCGACUCAGACGACGAUUCCAACGGGGAAUGUGAGUAAACUACAGACAAUAUAAUGGUCCAGUCUCAGUCAGGUUUCUCAGUCAACAACACCCUCUAUAUAGAAUAGUCCAUAGUGACUCUUGAGUAAGCUGUACUGAGUUGACGGUGUGUGUCUGUCUGUCCACAGCUGCCAGGAAGCGCCAGAGGAAGGACCGGGGGGACAAGGCCUGGGAGUAUGAACCGGAGCGGGAGAGGAGGGGCUCUGGGGAGCAUAGGCGGAGUGGGGGCAGGGGCUUCCAAGAGGGACGCAGAGGCUCAGGCAGCCGCUACCGGGACUCUUCUGAUGAGGAGUCGCCCCCACCCAGCAUGAGCGACAGUGAGUUUCCCUCUCUCCAACCUGCAUUGACUGACUUAUGACUGCCAGUUUAGCUAUUUGUAAUUCUUAAAUACACUGUCCCAUACGCUUGUGGAAUACAGUAGGAGCUGUAUUCUCCCAUCAUGCAGUGCGUAGUAGCUUAUGAUGACGCGCUGCAAAAUAAGUGAGCUGGGGCAGAGGGGAAUAGGCGACGCGUUGUCUAGCUAGCUAGCUGGAUUCACUGUAGCUAGGUAGCUAAUACAAUCCCCAGCUACCCGCUUCGGAUAGCUAACUAGCUAGCUAGCGACGAUGCUAUCACCAGCCAAGCACUGCUAGCUAGUUAGCAAGUUGGACAGCAUUACACAUAGCCUACUACAUGGCAUAAUAUCUUUGUUGGUUUGCUAGAAGUAGCUAUCUAUUCCAUCUCCUCAUACUCGUAUUAGAAAUUGUAUCCUUUUUAUCACACUUGAUACUCUUAAUCGGAUUUACUCGUGAUCGGAAAAAACUGCGCUUUUAAAUCCCGGUAAAGCCUAUUCCUCAAGUGCACGUUACUGCGCUAUCACUCAGAGCGCAUCGUUAUGUUCCUUCACUCAUUCACACACAUUGUUCAAAGGUAAACGACCCCGACAGAUGAAAAUGCACAUGAUUUACUUACUUAGUCCUAUUCCAUUAUAAACGAAUAAUAAAGACUAAAGGCUAAUAUAGAGCCUAAUUCUUGGCUGGCUAUUACAGCCUGCAUUUAUUCCAGACAGAUUUAGAUGAAGGUAGGCUAAUUCUCUUGCCCCCAUAUAUUUGUUUCACUUUCGAGAGGAGCCAAACUUUUCUCUCCCGACACGUAUGCUACAGCAUUUGUACAAUCAAAAUAAACGUUCUACAUUUGUCAUUUUAUUUUCUAAUGAUCUGUCGCUUGGUAAACAUGCCUGGGCGAGAAUAAAUAAUAAUAGCAAGCAAGCAUGGGCUUGGAUCACGGCAUAACGACAGACGUCGUUAGCGAUGGUGUAAUUAUACGGGCAGACAAAGUAGCCUAAACAACACCUAGACGGACCAAAACAACCAUAUUUUACAUUUUACAUUUUAGUCAUUUAGCAGACGCUCUUAUCCAGAGCGACUUACAGUUAGUGAAUACAUAUUUUUUUAAAAUACUUGCCCCCCGUGGGAAUCAAACCCACAACCCUGGCAUUGCAAACGCCAUGCUCUAUCAACUGAGCUACAUCCCUGCCGGCCAUUCCCUCCCCUACCCUGGACGACGCUGGGCCAAUUGUGCGCCGCCCAUGAGUCUCCCGGUCGCGGCCGGCUGCGACAGAGCCUGGAUUCGAACCAGGAUCUCUAGUGGCACAGUUAGCACUGCGAUGCAGUGCCUUAGACCACUGCGCCACUCAGCAAAGUCCACGGGAAAUAACUAGAUUGAACAACAAUAACUAGCUACGGAUUCUGAUUCACACACAAUGUUUGGAGAAGGGCUGACUUGUGCCCUGAGACGAAUUACUGUGAGUGAAACAGAGUGUCGUGUCUCUGUUUGGGCAAAUGAGAGCAGAGGGAGAGUGCCUUGUUCUAAUCCAGUCGUUGCAGCAGGCUCAACCGAUACCCCGCCCAUUUUUUUUUACAGACGGAAGAACUAGCCAGUAGUUGUUUAGAGCACGCUGUUUGUGCACUGGCAGCUGAAUAUUACUUUUUUUCCGGUGACAGAUAAUUACAAAAAAGACAUGUCAUAAUCGCAUUUGGAAAAUGUUCCUUAACCGUUAUGAUACUCGUUUUGUCUGAGGUACUUUGCACUCCCCUACUAUCUAUGUUCCUCCUUGUUCUCCAGGCAGGCAGCUGUUUAGCACGGUGCUUGGCUUGUGCUAAUUUGCCACAUCAUUUUAGUUGCAAGCAAGCCACAUAGUCCAGCCAAAGGUAGCUAGCUAGCUACUGCCUAUAAGCCAGCCCGCAAGUUUGUUGAAACGUGAAAUAUAGCCAGCUGUCCUUCUAGCGUCGAACUGAUUUACACAUUAACUACAUUUUAAUAACUUAUAGACAUUUCAUGUUACAUUAGGUUGAUCAAGGGACAUAACUUGCUAACUGUAGGCUACAUAGUUAGCUACUGUAGCUAGCUAGAUUUAUGACUAAGCUUAAACUUGUAGGUAUGCGCUUCAGUGAACAUAAAAAAAUAACGUUUGUUCAGGAUUUCUAAAGACAUGACUCUGGAAAGAGAAAAACCAGGACCUCUAUACCAGGCGGUGUCAGAGGAAGGCCCUCAAAAUUGUCAAAGACUCCAGCCACCCUAGUCAUAGACUGUUCUCUCUGCUACUGCACGGCAAGCGGUACCGGAGUGCCAAGUCUAGGUCCAAAAGACUUCUCAACAGCUUCUACCCCCAAGCCAUAAGACUCCUGAACAGCUAAUCAUGGCUACCCGGACUAUUUGCACUGCCCCCCCACACCAUCCUUUUUACGCUGCUGCUACUCUGUUAAGUAUUUAUGCAUAGUCACUUUAACUCUACCCACAUGUACAUAUUACCUCAACUACCUCAACUAGCCGGUGCCCCCGCACAUUGACUCUGCAACGGUACCUCCCUGUAUAUAUAGCCUCCCUACUGUCACUUUAUUUUACUUCUGCUCUUUUUUUCUCAACACUUUUUUUUGUUUAAAAUAAAUGCACUGUUGGUUAAGGGCUGUAAGUAAGCAUUUCACUGUAAUGUCUGCACCUGUUGUAUUCGGCGCAUGUGACCAAUAAAAUUUGAUUUGAUUUGAAAUGUUUGUACAACAUUUGGACGCUGACAGUAACGUUACCUAGCUAUCAGCCAGCCGCAGUCUAGGCUGACCGUGGCCCUUCCCAGAGAGAGAGAGAGCAUUGCAUUGCAUUAUAACGACGAAAUUAAACGUUCAUGUUCACAAAAAUAUUGUUUUCACAUACAAUUAUUUGCAUUAUUUACCAUUGAUAAUCAUAGGAAUUGGUUUUGUCUGAAUGGUUCUUUGAUAUGGUCAGAGCAUUAACAUUGUUGAGGGUCUUUUAUUAACUAAAUAUUGUUUGAAAUGAAAUGAUGCUCUUUCUAUCUCUUUCAGUUGCCAGGCAGAUGAAGAAAAAAGAGAAGCAGAAAAAGAGGAAAGCGUAUGAGCCCAAGCUCACUCACGAGGGUAAAUGUUCAGUUGUUUUCCAUUUGAUUGCCGCUAUCAUGCCAUACGACGAGUAAUGAUGAUGACAGAUGACAUUUACUUUCUGCCUUUCAGAACUGAUGGACUCGUCCACAUUCAAAAGAUUCUCCUCCAGCGUUGACAACAUCCUAGAGAAUCUGGAGGAUGUGGACUUCACGCAAAUGGGUAAGUUACAUCUAUUUGCUGUUUCUCUGUUGUUAAUCUAACUUAAUGACCCUAGCCAGUUCCCUGAGUGUAGAGCGCUAUAUAUUUAAACCCCCCCCCCCCCCCCCCCCCCCUCUCUGAUCCUCCAUCAUUAGACGACGAUGAAAUCCCACAGGAGCUGCUACUGGGUAAACAGCAGCUGAAUGAGCUGGGCAGCGAGUCGGCCAAGAUCAAGGCCAUGGGCAUCACCUGCAGGGUAGGCCUUUUCAACUUGGCAUGUUCAUGAAUUCAUGGCCCUGUUCUCGAAUACCUUUUCAAAUGUAUCUCUCUUCCUUGGAUCUCUUCCUUGAAAUCGAUUGAUUCACAGAUACCGUCCGAUAAGCUGGUGAAGGUACUGAAUAUCCUGGAGAAAAACAUCCAGGAUGGGGCCAGGCUCUCGACCCUCAUGAACCACGUGAGUGUCUUCUGUGGUCCUCUGUAGCUCAGCUGGUAGAGCACGGCGCUUGAAACGCCAAGGUAGUGGGUUCGAUCCCCGGGACCACCCAUACACACAAAUGUAUGCACGCAUGACUGUAAGUCGCUUUGGAUAAAAGCGUCUGCUAAAUGGCAUAUUAUUAUUAUUAUUAUUAUUAUUCCCACACUACUACAUUACUACUUUGGGGAUCAUUUGUUCUCCACUAGCGAUAAGCCUAUACUUUGUAGCCAUUUUGUUGUGAUCGGUGGAACUCUGCCCCUCUCUGCUCACACGCAGGACAACGACGAGGAUGAGGAGAAGCUGUGGCGUGACCUCAUCAUGGAGCGUGUGACCAAGUCGGCCGACGCCUGCCUAACGGCCCUCAACAUCAUGACGUCCGCCCACAUGCCCAAGGCGGUGUACAUCGAGGAUGUGAUCGAGAGGGUCCUCCAGUACACCAAGUUCCACCUGCAGAACACCCUCUACCCCCAGUAUGAUCCUGUCUAUCGGGUGGAUCCUCAUGGAGGUCAGCUAUCUUUAUAACCCCAAUUACCCCACACAUAACACACACACACACGUUCGUCUGAAACGCCAUCACCAAUUUCCUCACCCAUUAUGCCUUUCUCGUGACAACUACGUAGUCGUAGAUAAUGUGUUUUGCUGUUCACAAACAGCCUGUGGGUGACAUUGAAUGGAAUUGUUUUCCAUUCGAUUUUCGAUCGCAAAUCAGUCGUACAUUUACGAGAUGUACAUUUGAACACCAGAGGAUGAACACAUGAAAAUAUGAAUGAAAACACUUAUUUCCGAAGUGGUCUAUUAUUGGGAUGCAAUUUGUUCAAGACGGCAACGCAUCACACUCUCGUUCCCCGCAACAGGUGGCCUGCUGAGCUCCAAGGCCAAGCGGGCCAAAUGCUCCACCCACAAGCAGCGGGUCAUUGUCAUGCUGUACAACAAGGUGUGCGACAUGGUCAGCAACAUCUCUGAGCUACUGGAGAUCCAGCUGCUCACCGACACCACCAUCCUCCAGGUAGCUCCUCCUCUUUUCUCCUUUUUAGAUCAUUGCAUUCAUCAGUAACCCACAUUACGACCUAGACAUUAGGACCUCAGCAAUAAUUGUAUUUUCUUGUUAUUUCUCUUCUUUUCUUUUUCUCUUUCUCUCCGCUGGCUCCUCUCUCUCUCUCUCUCUCUCUCUCUCUCUCCGCUGGCUCCUCUCUCUCUCUCGUCUCUCUCUCUCUCUCCCUCCCCGCUGGCUCCUCUCUCUCCCUCUCUCUCUCUCUCUCUCUCUCUCGCUGGCUCCUCUCUCUCUCCGCUGGCUCCUCUCUCUCCUCUCUCUCUCCUCUCUCUCUCCUCCUCUCUCUCUCCGCUGGCUCCUCUCUCUCUCCUCUCUCUCUCCGCUGGCUCUUCUCUCCUCUCUCUCUCCCCCCGCUGGCUCCUCUCUCUCUCUCUCCCCGCUGGCUCCUCUCAAUUCAAUUCAAUUGACUUUAUUGACAUGGCAAGUAAAAUUACUUACAUUGUCAAAGUAUACAUAAAACAAAAAUGGUGGGACCAACAGCAAUAAUAAUAGUAGUAGUGGAAAUGGGAUUACCAUUAACAGCAACUACAACAACAAUAUUAAUGAGAAUAACAAUACAUUAAAGCAAUAGUAGUCGACCAAUCUCAACAUGACUGAGAAGACACAUUACAUGCUAUGAAAGCCAAAACAAAACAGGAAAUAUUAUUGACAUUACACUUUUCACUGGCUGUCCCUCAGGUUGUGGCAGGAGGACACAUAUUUGGCUGCCAAAAUUGCACAUUUGGGUUUUUAACCCAAUAAAUAUUAGAUUUUUUCUUCCUCCUUUAUAGUUUCAAAUUCUUUGUACUGAAUGAUAAUUUUGGGAAAGAAAGAUUCUCUUAGGUCUGAGUAUUUGUCACAGUGUAAUAGGAAAUGCAGCUCUGUCUCUACCUCUCCCCGGGGGCAGAGUGAGCACAGCCUGUCCUCUCUGGGCAGCCAGGUUUGCCUGUGACGACCGGUCUCUAUAGCCAGACUGUGCACACUGAGUCUGUACCUAGUCAGUGUUUUUCUCAGUUUUCUAUCAGUCACAGUGGUCAGAUAGUCUGCCACCAUGUACUGUCUGUUUAGAGCCAAAUAGCAUUGAAGUUUACUUAGAUUUUUUGUGGUGUCUUUCCAAUAGGUGAUAUAUUUUUCUUUUUGCUUUGUGAUGAUUUGGUUGGGCCAGAUUUUCUGAGUGCUGUCCUGAGGCUCUAUGAGGUUGGUUGUGGUUAGUGAACUGAGCCUCAGAACCAGCUGGCUGAGGGGACUCUUCUCUUGUUUCAGCUCUUGACAUAGUAGAGCUGUGUGAUGGAAUGUUUUGGGGUCACUUGUUUUUAGAUGGUUGUAAAAUUUGAUGGCUCUUUUCUCUAUUCGAAUAAGGAGGGGGUAUUGGCCCAAUUCUGCUCUACAUGCGUUAUUUUGAGUUUUUCUUUGCACGUGCAAUACAGUCUUGCAAAACUCUGCAUGCAGUAUUUCGAUUGGAUGUUUGUCCCAUUUGGUAAAUUCAGUAUUAGAGAGCGGACCCCAUACUUCGCUGCCAUAUAGAGCAAUUGGUUCUAUAACUGAUUGGAAAAUUUUGAGCCAGAUUCUAAUUGGAAUUUCGAUUUUAAUAUUCCUUUUAAUGGCAUAGAAUGCUCUUCUUGCUUUGUCUCUCAGCUCAUUCACAGCCAUGUGAAAGCUACCUGUGUUGCUGAUAUUUAGUCCUAGAUAUGUGUAAUUUUUGGUGUGUUCUAAUAGAACUGUGUCCACAUAAAAUUUAUAUUUGUCAUCCUGAUUUCCGGACCUUUUUUGGAAUAUCAUUAUAUUUGUUUUUUUUUAGAUUAACGGUCAGGGCCCAGGUCUGACAGAAUCUGUGCAGAUGAUCUAGAUGCUGCUGUAACCCCUCCUUAGUCCUCUCUCUCUCCCCCCGCUGGCUCCUCUCUCUCUCUCCACUGGCUCCUCUCUCUCGCUCUCCCUCCGCUGGCUUCUCUCUCUCUCUCUCCUCUAGAUAUGUUCUUCUAUCAAUCUAUCAAACAUACACUCAGAGUUCCUCAUUUCAAAUCAUUAUGUCUAUUACGUUUUGUACAAUUGCAAAUAGUUAAUCUAUAUAAAAAAAUGGCUCCUCUCUCUCCCCCCGCUUGGCUUUCUCUCUCUCCGUGGCUCCUCUCUCUCGCUCUCCAUCGCUGGCUUCUCUCUCUCUCUCUCUCCCCCGCUGGCUCCUCUCUCUCUGCUGGCUCCUCCUCUCUCUCGCUCUGGGGCUCAUCUCUCUCGCAAGCUGGGAUUUCUAUAUCUCUAUCAUUCUUCCCUCCAUAUACGCUGCUCUUAUCCUCUCUUAUCUCGCUCUCUCUAGUACUCUAUCUAUAUCUCUCUCUCUCUUCUCUCUCUCUCUCUCUCUCUCUCUCUAUCUCUCCUCUCUCCCCUCCCCCCCCCCCCCCCCCCGCUGGCUGCUCUCGCUCUCUCUCCCACCGCUGGCUCCUCUCUCUCUCCGCUCUCGCUGUAAUUCAAGGGCUUUAUUGGCAUGUUAAAAUAUACAGUACAUUCAGAAAGUAUUCAGGCCGCUUCCCUUUUUCAACAUUUUGUUACUUUACAGCCUUAUUAUAAAAUUGAUUAAAUUAAUUUUUCCUCAUCAAUCUACACACAAUACCCCAUAAUGACAAAGCAAAAACAGGUUUUUUGAAAUUGUAUAAAAAAUAAAAAACUGAAAUAACUUAAUUACAUAAAUAUUCAGACCCUUUGCUAUGAGACUCGAAAUUGAGCUCAGGUGCAUCCUGUUUCCGUUGAUAAUCCUUGAUGUUUCUACAACUUGAUUGGAGUCCACCUGUGGUAAAUUAAAUUAAUUGGACAUGAUUUGGAAAGGCACACACCUGUCUAUAUAAGGUCCCACAGUUGUCCUACAGGGUCCCCUGUAGCUCAGUUGGUAGAGCAUGGCGCUUGCAACGCCAGGGUUGUGGGUUCGUUUCCCACGGGGGGCCAGUAUAAAAAUGUAUGCACUCACUAACUGUAAGUCGCUCUGGAUAAGAGCAUCUGCUAAACGACUAAAAUGUAAAUGUAAAUAUUUAGAGUGCAUGUCAGAGCAAAAAACAAGCCGUGAUGUUGAAGGAAUUGUCCGUAGAGCUCCGAGACUGGAUUGCGUCGUGGCACAGAUCUGGGAAAGGGUACCAAAACGAUUCUGCAGCAUUGAAGGUCCCCAAGAACACAGUGGCUUCCAUCAUUCUUAAAUGUAAGAAGUUUGGAACCACCAAGACUUUUCCUAGAGCUGGCCGCCCGGCCAAACUGAGCAAUCAGGGGAGAAGGGCCUUGAUCAUGGAGGUGUCCAAGAACCCAAUGGUCACUCUGAUAGAGCUCCAGAGCUCUUCUGUGGAGAUGGAAGAACCUUCCAGAAGGACAACCAUCUCUGCAGCACUCCACCAAUCAGGUCGUUAUGGUAGAGUGGCCAGAAGGAUGCCACUCCUCAACAAAAGCCACAUGACAGCCCACUUGGAGUUUGCCAAAAGUCACUUAAAGGACGUCUGGAGGAAACCUGACAUCAUCCCUACGGUGAAGCAUGGUGGUGGCAGCAUCAUUCUGUGGGGAUUUCUUCAGCGGCAGGGACUGGGAGACUAGUCAGCAUUUAGGGAAAGAUGAACGGAGCGAAGUACAGAGAUCCUUGAUGAAAUCCUGCUCCAGAGCGCUUAGGACCUCAGGCUGGGGGCGAAUGUUUACCUUCCAACAGAACAACGACCCUAAGCACACAGCCAAGACAACGCUGGAGUGGCUUCGGACAAAUCUCUGAAUGUCCUUGAGUGGCCCAGACAGAGCCCGGACUUGAACCGGAUCUGUGCAGCAACGAUCCCCAUCCAACCUGACAGAUCUUGAAAAGAUCUGCAGAGAAGAAUGGGUGAAACUCUCCAAAUACAGGAGUGCCAAGCUUGUAGCGUCAUACCCAAGAAGACUUGAGGCUGUAAUCACUGCCAAAGGUGCUUCAACAAAGUACUGAGUAAAGGGUCUGAAAGUUUGUUAUAUUUCAGUUUUUUAUUUUGUCUACAAACCAGUUUUUGCUUUGUCAUUAUGGGGUAUUGUGUGUAGAUUGAUGAGGGGAAAAAACUAUUUAAUCCAUUUUAGAAUACGGCUGUAACGUAACAACAUUUUGAAAAAGUAAAGGGGUCUGAAUACUUUCUGAAUGCACUGUUUGUUUACAUUGCUAAAGCAAGUGAAAUAAACAACAAACAAAACAAUCUAUUUCUCUCUCUCCCUCCCUGUGCUAGAUCUCCUCCAUGGGCAUCACCCCUUUCUUUGUGGAGAGUGUCAGUGAGCUGCAGCUAUGUGCCAUCAAGCUGGUGACAGCGGUAAGUGCUUGUUCCCUUCCAAGGCUGCAGAGUGAGACCGUUAUUUAAUUUGUUUUAUUGGUCACAUCGGUGCGAGCUGUAAAUUCUAGCAGGUCAUCUCACUCAAAACAUCAUUUUGUGGGUGGCUAAAAGCAUGAUUUGUUCAAACAAAGUGUUAGAUCAGGGAUUCCCAAACUCUGUCCUCGGGACUCCAAGGGGUGCACGUUUCGGUUUUUUUGCCCUAGCACUACACAGCUGAUUCAAAUAAUCAACUAAUCAUCAAGCUUUGAUCAUUUGAAUCAGCUUUGUAAUGUUAGUGCAAAAAACCCAAAACGUGCACCACUUGGGGUCCAGUGGACCGAGUUUGAGAAACACUGUGUUAGAUUGACCUUAACCUUGUCUUCUGUCCGUGGCUAGGUCUUCUCCCGCUAUGAGAAGCACAGACAGCUGAUUCUGGAAGAGAUCUUCACCUCUCUGGCCAGACUGCCCACCAGCAAACGCAGUCUCCGCAACUUCAGGUAAAUAGAACCAUAACCAAGCCCAUAUAACAUAGGAAGGAGAGGCACAACAAAAUGUAAUAAAAACAUUCCCCACUGUGUCAAAACCGUUCCAGUUAAAGGGAAUGUGUCUUGAAAGACUUGGGGUGUAUUCACUAGGAACCAAAUGGAAGCAAACAGGGUGGGACAUACCUGAACUUGUCCAAUAAACGCUAAAAUGCUUCUGUUGCCAACUGUUUCCGUUGCAAAGUGUUUUGCUAUGGUGUGCGCUAAUGAAUGCACCCCUGGUUUAAUAAAGGUAUAAAAUCAACUAAUAACUCUGACAAAUGCUAUUGGUUGUUUGGGAAGGCUGAACAGCAGCGACAGGGACGGCGAGCCCAUGUACAUCCAGAUGGUUACAGCCCUGGUGCUGCAGCUCAUUCAGUGCGUGGUGCACCUCCCCAACGACCGCGACGCCAUGGAGGACGAGUACGACAGCAAGGUAUGCAAAGAAAUGGUGCACAGACCGUUGUAAACUUGGAAUAUAACGAGCUCAGAUAGUGAUCUUGAGGUCGGAGAAGUUGGAGCUCUAGAGUGGGAGCUCUAGGAUGAUGCCCGAGUGUCCGACUUGGGUUUGAACGGUUGGAUGACCGUUCAAACCGAUUUUCGGAGUCGGAGCUUGUUUAUUUUUGAGUUCCCAGUUGUCUUGAAUGCACCAAAACACACAGCCGCCAUCACAUAGAGUUAGAAAGAGGGCCCACUUCAAUGGCACCACCCAGGUCAAACCGGGCUUUGUGGGUAGUGUGCCCUCUAUCCAACUCAAGUGAAGAGCAUCCUUAUUUUAACAAUCCUCUGUGAAUGUUUGAUUUGUUCUAGGUAGAUCAGGACUUGCUGAUCACCAACAACUACGAGACGGCCAUGAGGACGGCCCAGAACUUCCUCUCGGUGUUCCUCAAGAAGUAAGAUUGUCUUUCAUCUCCAGACAGUUUGCCCUCUCUUUGUUUAUAUUUGUUGUAUCUCCUCAUAACCCCAUCAGCUGUGGUUAGUGUAACGUCCACCUAACAGCCUCUCUCCCCCAUCAGCUGUGGUUAGUGUAACGUCCACCUAACAGCCUCUCUCCCCCAUCAGCUGUGGUUAGUGUAACGUCCAUCUAACAGCCUCUCUCCCCCAUCAGCUGUGGUCAGUGUAACGUCCACCGAACAGCCUCUCUCCCCCAUCAGCUGUGGUUAGUGUAACGUCCACCUAACAGCCUCUCUCCCCCAUCAGCUGUGGUUAGUGUAACGUCCACCUAACAGCCUCUCUCCCCCAUCAGCUGUGGUUAGUGUAACGUCCACCUAACAGCCUCUCUCCCCCAUCAGCUGUGGUUAGUGUAACGUCCACCUAACAGCCUCUCUCCCCCAUCAGCUGUGGUUAGUGUAACGUCCACCUAACAGCCUCUCUCCCCCAUCAGCUGUGGUUAGUGUAACGUCCCCCUAACAGCCUCUCUCCCCCAUCAGCUGUGGUUAGUGUAACGUCCCCCUAACAGCCUCUCUCCCCCAUCAGCUGUGGUUAGUGUAACGUCCACCUAACAGCCUCUCUCCCCCAUCAGCUGUGGUUAGUGUAACGUCCAUCUAACAGCCUCUCUCCCCCAUCAGCUGUGGUUAGUGUAACGUCCAUCUAACAGCCUCUCUCCCCCAUCAGCUGUGGUUAGUGUAACGUCCACCUAACAGCCUCUCUCCCCCAUCAGCUGUGGUUAGUGUAACGUCCACCUAACAGCCUCUCUCCCCCAUCAGCUGUGGUUAGUGUAACGUCCACCUAACAGCCUCUCUCCCCCAUCAGCUGUGGUUAGUGUAACGUCCACCUAACAGCCUCUCUCCCCCAUCAGCUGUGGUUAGUUGUAACGUCCACCUAACAGCCUCUCUCCCCCAUCAGCUGUGGUUAGUGUAACGUCCCCCUAACAGCCUCUCUCCCCCAUCAGCUGUGGUUAGUGUAACGUCCACCUAACAGCCUCUCUCCCCCAUCAGCUGUGGUUAGUGUAACGUCCACCUAACAGCCUCUCUCCCCCAUCAGCUGUGGUUAGUGUAACGUCCACCUAACAGCCUCUCUCCCCCAUCUUUCUCUUUCUGUUUUUUUGUCGUGCCCAGGUGUGGCAGUAAGCAGGGGAGCGAGGAGGACUACAGGCCUCUGUUUGAGAACUUUGUCCAGGACCUGCUCUCCACGGUCAACAAGCCUGAGUGGCCAGCUGCCGAGCUACUGUUGAGCCUGCUAGGCAGACUGCUGGUGAGUCCUGGCUGCCUGUCUGCCUUGUCUGGCUGCCCCUCUGCCUUGUCUGGCUGCCCCUCUGCCUUGUCUGGCUGGCCCUCUGCCUUGUCUGGCUGGCCCUCUGCCUUGUCUGGCUGCCCCUCUGCCUUGUCUGGCUGCCCCUCUGCCUUGUCUGGCUGGCCCUCUGCCUUGUCUGGCUGGCCCUCUGCCUUGUCUGGCUGUCAUAGGUCAUUCCAUAUUUAUGCAUUGCUCGAUUCGUUAGGCAGAAUCAUAUUUGUUGGUCUUGGAGUAUUCAUUCUGCUUUCCCUGUCAAAAGAUGGUGUUUCCCUCGCAGUAACCCAAAACACAGUAAUACUACUAAACUAGUCCAACUGUUUACUCCUCUUCUUGGUGCAUCUACCUCAUCAGAGUGGAGGCCCUAACCCCCCUCCUAUCUCCCUCUCUCCAUCCCUCCCUCUCCUCACCCCCUUCUCUCUCUGCCUCCCUCUCUCUCUCUAACCAUCCCCCCUCUCUCUCUCUCUCUCAGGUGCACCAGUUCAGUAACAAGCAGACGGAGAUGGCCCUGAGGGUUGCCUCCCUGGACUACCUGGGCACGGUCGCCGCUCGCCUGCGCAAAGACGCCGUCACCAGCCAGAUGGACCAGCGAUCCAUUGACCGCAUCCUGAAAGAGGUGGGGAACAAAAUGACUUCUAUUUCUCAGAAAGAUCAGAGGUGGGCACGAGUCAGAGGCGGAACAGGCAAUGGAAAGCCCUGGAACAUUUAUAUUUAUCUGUAAUGUAUCUUUCUCAUUUAAAUGUUUCCUUUUCCCACACAGACCCAAGGCGACGACGAGACCCAGCAACUGCAGAAAGCCCUUCUGGACUACAUGGAGGAGAACACAGAGACAGACCCUUCACUGUUGGUCAGUUUGUGUUCCACCACGCUCUUCUUUUCUAGUCAUUUAUUUUAUUGGAUGAACUUUGAGAUUCUUUUUGGAUUGAAAGGUGCUUAACAAAUGUAAUGUAGUAUUAUUGAGUGAAUUCCUUCUAACUGUGUACUUUGCCUUUGCCAGUUUGCCAGGAAGUUCUACAUUGCCCAGUGGUUCCGCGACACCACCAUAGAGACGGAGAAGGCCAUGAAGAGCCAGAAACGGGACCGGGAAGAGGACUCGUCGGACGGUCCUGGCCACCACGCCAAGGACAUCGAGACCAUUGGGGAGGUCAUGCAGCGGGCUGAGGCGCGCAAGAAGUUCCUCCGCAAGAUCAUCAAGACGGCCCCCUCCCAGUUCACCACCCUAAGGUACUGCACGUCUCUCUGUCUGUCUGUCUGUCUGUCUGUCUGUCUGUUCAGACUAGGCUUGGACAGUAUACUGUAUACACCAUUACUAUAGACCGGGGUAAUUGGAGAGUUUAAAAAAAAGUUAAUACCUGCAGUCAACUUGUGAAAUACAUUAGGAGAUAAAGCAGAUUGCGUUCUUCAUUUCUCCUGUCACAUUAUUUAACGUUUAGAGUAUGUGAGCGGUGGAAAUCCCGCUCAUGGAGCACCGCUCCGGCGCGCCACGUCCUUUCCAACCGCUCCACUAAAAACAAGAAAAAAAUACCAAAUUCGCUCCAUUCAUUAAAAUCACAAUUUAACCAAAACCCAUCUAUUUUUGUGACUACUUGGACCUAUCAUUUGGUUUUGAAGUAUUGAAACCAAACCAUAUGGAUUUGAACGAAAAGUAUUUGAAUAAACAUGAAAAGGUGAACGUAAGAAGCGCUCAUUUCAAACAGGCUACAUGUCGUAUUAAACAACAUAUAAACACUUAGUAGGUCAGGGAGACAGACAAUAGGCUGGUAGGGACGUUAAGCACUCAGCAUUUAAACAACAUUUUGUUGUAUUCAAUCACUAUAGUCUAUAAAUUGCGCAUAUAGGCUGUGACUUACUUAGAAUUAAAUACAAAUUAAAUGAAACAUGACUUAGUGCCUUUGAAUUCAUUUUUAGAAACACGCGUUUGGCCAGUCUUUGGCUUCAGGUUCAUGUGAUGAUGCUUGGAGAGAAGGCCAGCAGUGGAUAAUAUCCUCUCCACCCCUGCAGAGCCACUGGGGAUCCUAAACACCCUUUGGGCCUCUCUUGCCAGUCUGGGCAUGGAUGCAGAGUUGUUGUUUUUAUUUUUCUAUAGGUAGGCCUGAAGGUUUUUAGGCAAAAUAGUCCAAUCAAAACGUAAAGCUCCUUGAACGUGGGAAUAAGCCAGGCCUAUUGGGCCAAAAUCAAUUAUGGCCUAUUGUAAGAUAAUGGCCUAAAAAUGAACAAAACUUUUUAGUUUAUAAAUACUUUGCUACAAUGACAAUGCAUGCUGGGCCGGGCAUGCCUUGAGCUCGUGAAGUGAGCGCUGCUGGAGUUGAGCCAGUCACGUGUUUGUUUGUAAAUACAACCGGAGAAAGAGGGAGUAGGUGAGACCAGCUGUGUGUAUGGUUUUAACUGGCUAGUUAUCUCAGUAAGUGUCUGAAUUAAUAAGAAGACGGGGCAUCAUAUAGUGUCAGCUUUCUGCCGUGUUUGAGAAGUCAAAGCCCGUUGGAUGAGUUAUCUGUACAGCUGCCACUGCCAUCUUGAUUUCCUUUAGUUUUUUCUCCUCUCCGUUCUUGGCCCGUCUGCUCCGAGCAGAGCAGGCAGGCCCGUUGCCCUAGCGACUCCAGACUACACACAGACGCAGCAUGGAGACAUUCUGCUCCAGAGCCAGUGCUGUUCUUCCGUCAGAAAAGCACGCUUCAAAACUUUAUUCAUUUGCACAAUGUCUCUCGUUCACAAACUUGUAAAUGUCCAAACUUGGGAUGAGAGGAGGAUGGUAUGACGAUAUGAAAAUCUGUAUACCGCCCAACCCUAGUUCAGACCACCCUGUGAAAUGGUGUUAAUCUAUCUAAUUAUAUAUCUAUUAUAUUUCUACAAUAUCUAUUUGAUUUAUGGAUAUAAUUCUAUUUUGAUGUGACCAACGCUCCUCUCUGGACCAUCUUCAUAACGCAGCUCUUGCACAGCCCUGAUGUGAAGGAAUGGCCCCAGUGGUUGAUGUAAAUACUAAAGCUGUUUUCCCCAACCUCUUCUGUGUUGUCAGAAUGAACUCGGACACGGUGGACUACGACGACUCCUGCCUCAUCGUCCGCUACUUGGCCUCCAUGAGGCCGUUCGCCCAGAGCUUUGAUAUUUACUUAACCCAGGCAAGGAACCCAGAAGCAUGUUGCCUUAUUCAUCUGUUGUAUUGCUUUCUGUUUAUCUACUUUAUUUUGUGGUUUUACUGUAAAGUGUUGUAAUUUUACUGUAAAGUGUUGUGAUUUUAAAUGCACUUAAAAUAAUGUUUGAUUUGACGCUGUUGAAGGAACUCCAGGCCCGUAUUCAGAAAGCCUCUCAGAGUUGGAGUGUUGAUCUAGUUUCGAUCAGUUUUGCCUUUUAGAUCAUAGAAUACAAUUGUAUGGAUAGGGGGGGAUCUGAUCCUAGAUCAGCAGUCCUUCUCUAAGAUGCUCUGUCCUGCCAGGCAGUGAGUAACAAUGAGCAACACCGUGGCUUUUCUCUCUCUCUGUUCUCUGUCUCGCGCGCUAUCUCUUCUGUUAUCUCUGUCUCUCUUAUUCUGUCAUCUCGUCUUACUCCUCUCGUCUAUCUCUCUAUCUUCUCUCUUCUCUCUCUUCUAUCUCUCUCGUUCUCUUGCUCUCUCUCUUCUGUCUCUCUAUCAUCUGUCUCUUCGUCUCUCUUGUUCUUGUCUCUCUGUCCUCUCUCUCUCUCUCUCUCUCUGUCUCUCCUCUCCUGUCUCUCUAUCUCUAUCUCUCUGUCUCUCUCUUCUGUCUCUCUCUGUCUCUCUCUCUCUCUCUCUCUCUCUCUGUCUCUCUGCUACUCUCUCUGUCUCUCUCUCUCUCUGCUCUCCUCUCUCUCUGUCUCUCGUCUCUGUCUCGCGCUCUCUCGCUCUCGCUCUCUCUUUCUUCUCUCUUUUUCUCUCUCUCUAGAUCCUGCGAGUCCUGGGGGAGAGUGCAAUCGCUGUCCGGACAAAAGCCAUGAAAUGUCUGUCAGAGGUGGUUUCUGUGGACCCCAGCAUUCUUUCCAGGGUAGGAGUGUGUUAUGUGUGGCCAGCCUUGUCCUGUGGCAGUGUGUAAACAACAAAACGCAACGUGAUACGUUUUUGAUUUUUAAAAACUUGACAGCUGACAUGCACACUUUUUCGUCCAUUACCAGUGGACGGAUGAACAAAAUACCAAAAAAAAUGUGUACUGUUCCUUUAACCCUAUCGUCCCCUGGCUGUGUGUGCAGUUGGACAUGCAGCGCGGGGUGCAUGGGCGUCUGAUGGACAACUCCACCAGCGUUCGCGAGGCGGCUGUGGAGCUUCUGGGCCGCUUCGUGCUGAGCCGACCCCAGCUCACCGAGCAGUACUACGACAUGCUUAUCGAGAGGAUACUGGUGAGUAUCCCAACUAACACACACACCGUAACACAACGUCCCAAGUGUCCGAAAAAGCAAUCUCAGCUGAAGAGUGUUGUUGCACUGGUGGCCAUCAAUCCAUCGGGGAGUUCAUUGAUAGUUCACCUCAUGUUCAUGCACGUUUGUUGUUGUCUUCCACUGCCACCUAUUGGCUAAAUAAAAGCAUUGCACCCACCGCUGGCGCUCAGUUAAAAUGUACAGCCUUUACUUUUGAAAGUGUAGCCCAUAUACUUGAGAUACGAGACGGUCAGUAAGUAUCUGCCUUUCCUCUUCCUCAGGACACGGGCAUCAGCGUGAGGAAGAGGGUGAUUAAGAUCCUGAGAGACAUCUGUCUGGAGCAGCCCACUUUCAACAAGAUCACAGAGAUGUGCGUGAGGAUGAUCCGCCGGGUCAAUGAUGAGGAGGGCAUUAAGGUACUCUUCUUAACGUUAGGGCACAGAGUUGAUCUUGACCAGGAAAAACUACAGACCCUGUUGUGUCUAGGCUUAAAGGUGUAGAAAUAUUUCAAAAAUGUCAAACAUUUCCAAAUGUUUGUCUGAUUUCAGUUUGUGACACAACAUGCGAUGUAUUUAUGUAGAGAAUCAUUAUACCAUCUAAAACGCUGUGAAAUAUUUUUUCCCGCAGGAUAUUGUCUUUUUUUUUUUCAAUAACCAAAAAUAUUGUAUUUUCAAGCUGUUUGAAGCAAAGUAAAAAGAAGCAGUAACGGCUUUCGGAGGGGAAACAUUGAAAUAUUGCACAUAUAAUGAAUCUACCGCUUAUCAGACUUGCAUUCAAUGAGAAUGACAGUUCUAUAACUAACAUUUCUAUUCGAAAUCAGUCGUACACAAAACUAUAUAAAGGACGUUUAACUGAGGUAUUGUCCGCUAGUUGAGUAGUUGUGUAUGCUGAGAAGAAGCUGACUGCACAGUAGAGCAGAUGAGUUUAUUAGUCACAUGCACAGCAUAAGAAUUUCACUGUACCCUGCGAUUACAUCUGCGAAGAUGUGAAAUUCUUAUGCUCCAAGCUCCAACAGUGCAGGUAAAACUAAAAGUGAACGAGACAAUAAUAACAAUAAUAAUAAACCCACUUACCUCCUGUAAGGACUUGAAGCGUCAGUGGCUCCGUGUGUGAUGUAUUGACUCAACUGUGAUACUUGUCCCAUUGACAGAAACUAGUCAACGAAACAUUCCAGAAGCUGUGGUUCACCCCGACCCCGGCCCACGACAAAGACACUAUGACCAGGAAGAUUCUCAACAUUACUGACGUGGUGAGUGCACGUCAACUCUGUUGUCAUCAACCUAAACUCAAAAAAAAAAAAAUUUAAGCACGCAGGAAGUUUAUAUAUUAAUGUAUUAUUUACAUUUUAGUCAUUUAGCAGAUGUUCUGAUUUAUUAUCCUACACCGACUGCAUCUUGGAUUGUGCAAUCAUUACCUCAUUACCGUGCUCAAUGUGUUUUGCAGGUCGCGGCUUGCAAAGACACGGGCUACGAUUGGUUCGAGCAACUCCUUCAAAACGUAAGUCUUUUUUUUUUUUUUCUUGUCGGAACGCCACCUUGUGUUGUAUUCACCGAAAGGCGUCUCUCUCUCUGAGUGCUGUUGGGGCUACUAAUCUCCUGCCUCCAUGUCCUUCUGUUCCCUUCUCCUCUUCGUCAGCUGUUGAAGGUGGAGGAAGACGCUGCCUACAAACCGGCCAAGAAGGCUUGUGUGCAGCUCGUGGACAAUCUGGUGGAGCACAUCCUCAAAUACGAGGAGUCUCUUGCAGGUAACUAGCCUCGGUCUUGUUUCGAAUAGUUUUCCCCAGCCAAUUCCGGAGGAGGCUUUAAAAGGAUAGUUCACUCAAACUAUCUAAUCACUCGUAAACUAAUCUGCAAAACAUCAUCACAGUUUUUGCUUUGUGCUGAAAGUGCUCUCUAUCUUGAGAACUUGACUGCUGACAUGCACACUUUUUGGGGGGGAUUUAUGAACCAAAUACUAAAAAUAUAUAGUUUUUGAGUGAACUAUCCCUUUAAACCAGGCCUCUCAAACUGGCAAUUGUUUAUGUAACGUGAUUCUUGUCCCCUUUCAGAAAAUAAAGGGGUGAACUCCACCCGCCUGGUGUCCUGCAUCACCACCCUGUUCCUGUUCAGCAAGAUCCGGGCGCAGCUCAUCGUCAAACACGCCACGACCAUGCAACCCUAUCUGACCACCAAGUGCAAUGUGAGAUUAUCCCAAAGAGCCCUCACGUGUCCCACACCAAAAAAUAAUCACGAUGCACAACCUGCCAAAUCAGAAUCACCUUUAUUUGCCAAGUACAUUUGCAUGUACCAAGAAUUUGACCUGGUAAAAUGGUGCUGACCAUAACAUACAGAAUAUAUACAAAAUAAUUAAGAAAUAAUGUACAUAUAGUAUAUACAAUAGAACAAUUCCACAUAAUGAGAAAUAAUAUAAUGGUACUGGUUGAAAUGAAUGUUUUUGUUUGGAUGGCACUGUGGUGUCAUUGUAAAGUGUGCAUUUCAGACUACAGUGUAAAAAGUCACCUCUAGUGUUGUGAUUGUAUUGAGUAUCAAUAGCCAGGUUUCCAUCCAAUUGGCCACAGAUUUUCAUAUGAAUAUCCUCAAAUCUGCAUAAAAACAAUAUGCCCAUUUUCCCACCAGAGAUGUGUUUCCAUCAAAUUGACGUGUUCCAGAUAAAAGUCUGAGCGUGAUGACGUAGUGCACGUAAAAAUACAUUUUGCGGUUAAAUUCCCAUGUACAGAAUACAAAAUACAAGUUCAAUGGGUUUCCAUCGCAUUUUCAACUCUGCUGAUGGUUUUGUCACUAAACAUGUUGCGUUUAUAUAGCGAAUGCGCCCACUCUGGUCUUGGCACGUGCGAUCUAGCCAACAGCUCAUAGACACAGUGUGGGUAUAGCCUACAUGAUGAGAUUAUUAAAAACGAGAUUAUUUUAAUUUCUUUAAACAGCAGCCAACCAUCGAUCAUCAUGUCACCAGAAUAAGACCCUCAAUAUUUAUUGGAAAGGAGCAUCAAGCUCAUCACCUUGCCCUUUCACCACCCUGUGACGUUAAUCAUAACUUAUUUAAUCUGUAGCCUAAUAAACUGCAUGCUUUCCUGAGUCGUAGUGGGAGGACCACACAACAUAUUGUCGCGUGACUCCAAAGUUUACUUUGAUAUGAUGGUUAUUAUAUCAAUAUUUGUGCAUAAAGGCGUUUCCACCGACAUUUCUCGCAUAGUUAAUUUUACAGACACAAAAAGAUCCCACCUUGUCUAGCAUAUUUUGUUUUGUAGACAUUUGGAAAGUUUACCGACAAAUGAGCUGUUUCCAUCAGGCCUGUCGUGACAUUUUUUAUUUUUUUAAUCCGACAUACUUUACUGGCAUAGAAAGGUUGGAUUGAAACCUGAGUAUUAAUGCUGUAAUGUGCUGUGAUGUGAUGCAGAACCCCAGCGACUUCAUGGUGAUCUGUAACGUGGCCAAGAUCCUGGAGCUGGUGAUCCCUCUGAUGGAGCACCCCUCUGAGACCUUCCUCACCACCAUCGAGGAAGACCUCAUGAAGCUAAUCAUCAAAUACGGCAUGACGGUGCGUAGAGUCCUGGUGUUCUGGAUCUAGGGUUGCUAAAGUUCCCGUAACUUUCCCAAAAUUCCUAGGUUUUCCAGAAAUCGUGGUUUGGACGAUUCUUGAUUGCUUGCUUAAUCCCAACUGGGAUUUCUGGGAAUAUUAGGGAAACUAUUGGAAUUUUGUAACUGGAUCCCUGCCCUGCACAUUGAAAUGAGCUCAGGCUUUUACUAGGCUAAAUGGCAGUGUUGUUGUUGCCAAACAGCUGAAUAGAUUUUCCCCCCCCCUCCUUCCGGCCUCUGCCAGGUUGUCCAACACUGUGUCAGCUGCCUCGGUGCCGUGGUCAACAAGGUGACCCACAACUAUAAGUUUGUGUGGUCUUGCUUUAACAGAUACUACGGUGAGUGUACACACACACACACACACACACACACACACACACACACACACACCAUCUCCUGAGCUUACUCUUGGUGUGUUCAAGCUCUUUCUGUGUUGUGGCUUCACACACAACAUGCUGGUGUUUUUUUGAAUUUCAUUUGAUUUGACAAUUCAAAAAACCCAAUUCAGCCACGCGUUGUGGAUGCAAUGCAUUUGAAAUCAGCUAGAGUAUCUAGUAGAACACGUCCGUGUUGUGUUUUGUGAAGGUGCUCUGACCAAGCUGAAGACACAGCACCAGGAAGAUCCCAACAGUACAGCUCUGGCUGCCAACAAGCCGGCCCUCCUGCGCUCCCUCUUCACCGUGGGAGCCCUGUGUCGCCACUUUGAGUUUGACAUGGAGGAGUUCAAGGGCAUCACCAAGGUAAAGGACUCCUUUUUAAUUCAGACCACACUCUGGAACUCCAGUCAUAUGGGUGACGGUGGACAUCCCAGCAAAAAGGAUAUAUGUAAAAUGUCUGGGAAUAAGAACUGUACCUUUUUUACGCUCCUAACCUGGGUCGACUACAUCAAUCAUUUAUCUCUUCUUUUCCUCGUGCUGUUCUGUCCAGGUGGUGAUCAAAGAGAAAGUGCUGGAGCUGCUGCUGUACUUUACUAAACAUGAGGACGAGGAGGUGCAGUCCAAGGCCAUCAUCGGCUUAGGUAAAAUAUCACUUCCACUGCCCUGCCCCGUGGCCUGCUGUGUUGACCUUCUGAUUCCUCCUCACCGCUUCUAA